AAUUUAUCAAUUUAAUUUCAACCAUAUUAAUGCAGAAUGUUCGACGCCGAAGCAACGGAAAAUGAAUUGAGCAACUUAACAAGCGUGCAGUUUGGCCCCGAAACGAAAGAAUACAAUUUGCUGCGUGCGGAUGAGGAGUACCGCAAUGGGAACGAGCAGGACUCGAUCUAUUAUCAGGUACGAGCGCUCUUUCAGUGCGCGGAUAUGCGGCUGCUGACCGAGGCACAGGAAAUGGAAAAUCAUCAGCCAAGCACAGCGGAAAUUUUGUCAGAAGCCAGCGCCAAGGAGAAAGCCGAUUACAAAAGCAACAAGUUCUUCCAGAACAUAUUGAGAUACCAACAGAAAUUGGAACAGAGCAAGGCAAAAACCAAAGAACCACCCGUCGAUAGUCUGGACUUUCUCGAGGAUGUCUCAGAGCCCGCAGCGGGCUUUGCACGCAUCACACACAUAUCCCGCCAGCUGCCCGACGAGUGGUGCGUGCUGCAGCUCUGCAAGAGCUUCAAUGCUGCCACCACAUACUCCACAUUCUGCGAGAUCGCCGGCGCCAAUGGCGACAUCUAUGUGUCCCUGCUGCGUCACUGCCGCAGUCCGGAGCUGGCCGCCACUUGCCUGCGCCUCAAUAGCGACGCAAUGGCCAGCUUAUUUAAGGAGUACGGCACGUUAGUGGAGCGUUUCAGGCGUGUGGUCACUGUCGAUCCGCUGACGGUGAAGGCGCAGGAGGCCAAGGCCAAAUACUGGAAGGAAUUGAAUGGCUUUGAAGAGUUCUUGAAGAAACUGAUUGCAGAUCUUGGCAGCGUGUUUAGCCCCUAUAGCUUUAUGUUUCUGGGCAAGCGUUACGCCAGCGCCGCAGUGCAGCAGCAAACCAAAGCUGUUUACGGCCGUGUGGAUGAGUUCUGUGUGCAGUACAGCUGGAGCAAUCAUCAGCGCGUACUCCUUUCGCAGGCGGCAUUGCAUGCGAAUCGCCUGCCACGCGACCAGAUGAAACAGCUGAGCUAUGAGCUCAGCGGCAACAGCCAGAACAAUAACAAUAACAAUGAGACUGAAGCGCUGCUCGUCUAUGAGCUGCUCAAGAGCUGUGCCAGCGACUGGCAGCAGCUGGAACAGCGGGAGCCGCUGGCUGCUAAGCGUUUUCCCAUCAUUCUGGUUUUGGAUGAGCGCCUGGAUCAUAUGCAUUGGGAGCAGCUGGCGUCCAUGCAGGAGUGCACGCGCAUCAAGUCGCUGCACAGCUUGUGGCGCCUGUUCAAGUGCCACAAGGAGCAGAUACAAUGUGGCUACUAUACGGUUAACAUUAAGCGCGGCAUAACGCUCAUCAAUCCCGAUGCGGAUCUAGCCAAUUCGGGUCGCCGUCUGCGCAGCUUUCUCGAAUACUGGCUGACCCACUGGGAGCACAUGUACGAGACGGUGCCCAGCGAACAGUUUAUGCUUGAGAAGGCAUUCAAAGCCGAUUGCUUUGUCUAUGCAGGUCACGGCUCGAGUCUGCAGUAUGUUUCUACUCGCUUGAUUUAUCGCAAUCGCAUCAAGGGCGUUGUCUUUCUGUUCGGCUGCGAUUCGACGCGCGUGCUCAGCUCGGGUCUGUACAGCGCCCUAUAUGGCGCCCAGGACUAUUACCAUGGCGCCCUGUGUCCCACUGUGAUGGGGACACUGAUGCCCGCGCUGGACGCCAACAUGGACAAUGUGUCCGCCAAUAUGCUCAGCCAGUGGACAAAGCCGGCAAAUCCACAGAUCGUACCCUGGACGCACAUAGAUCGCCAGUCCUGGAUCUCGCAGGGCACUGUCAAAGCACUGAAAGGCAACACCGAGACACUGGCCCAGCAGCCGGACUACCAGAUGGGCAGCCUGUGCGCCAUUUUAGCUAACGUUCAUAUGGGCAAAACGGAGCCCAAAAUCUACAAUUGUUGCGUCUAUGUGUGUCGCGGCUUGCCCGCCUGGAAUUUAGCCGUGCAGCAGCUGCCCUUUUAGCCCAACUAGUCUUGAUUAGGGUAAGGCUUAGCAUAUAAGUAUAAUAAAAUAUUUCUAAUACCCCAACAAAAGCUCGACCAAAACUCCAAACAGACUUCUUUAUAUAAGUAUAAACAGAGCCCAGCUUAAUGUGUAUAAUUUGUAUCUAAGCUU